CUUUAUAUCAAAGUGUUAACCUUAACCUUAAUAACAAUUAUGUAUUUUCCGGUUUUCUGAUGGUGAAUACAAUUGGACAAUGGCAAUCAUCACAGCAGCGGGGAAUAUGCCUGCAUUAGUAACGGGAGUUACAAAUGCUACCAAGACGGCUGAUACUGUCUCUCUUGAUGACGUCAUUACCGGUCGACGUCAACGAGUGGAGACAAUGUGCCAACGAUUUUUCACGCGAACGAACGCGAUGUUGGAAAUAUCAGGCAUCCGACGUGCCAACAUGUCUUACUGCGUUGUGCAGAAAGCCGGAUGUACGAUGUGGAUCCGACUGUUCAAAUACUUCGAGGGUCAAAACUAUGAAAGAGGAAGCCCGAUGACUCUGACUAAAUACCAAGUUCAUUAUGAGAGAGCAGAUUUGUACAAACGGUAUACCAUUUACAACGGAGAUCAGUUUGUUAAAAGAUCGCACCGAGUCAUGACGGUUAGACAUCCGUUCACUCGGAUAUGGUCAGCUUUCAUUGAUAAAUUGCUGCUGCCAGACUUUUGGUUCUCCAAAGGCACACAAAUUGUACGCACGGUCCGUCCGAAAGCCAGCAAAAAGUCGCUUCAGUGUGGGAAUGAUGUGACAUUUCCGGAAUUCGUUAAGUAUUUACUCAAGAUAGGUCAUCAGCGCACUUAUGUGAACCAAGACAAGCACUGGCUUCCAGCAAGUGAUAUUUGUGACCCGUGUGCGUUCAAGCCGGACAUCAUAGCAAAACACGAAACGUUUAUUACAGAUCUUGAAUAUACAGUGAACCGGAUUGGGUUUGGAAAUCUAAUUAAUAGUAUUAAGGUCGAAGACCCUACUAAAUUUGAAAUUAGAGACGAAAUUGACUACAACUUUCAUAUCUAUGAUACAUUUAAGUCUUGUUUAACAAAACGCGAGCUUGCCGAAAGGCUAUGGGACGCUUUUAUACUGAACGGGUACAUUCUUGCAAACCAAACAUUCCCGAAGGAACUUCAGGAGGAUAAAAUAACUGCGGUUUCGUUUGAAGAAUUAGUGACAGACGUGCGAGCUAAAUUCACUUUAUCUCACGAAGAAAAGAAGGCAAUCCGCAAACGAGUGUUAAGUACGGCAUUCAAAGAAAUACCACAUUCGGACAUGAACAGAUUACGUGAUCUUUAUAAAAACGAUUUUGAUUUGUUUGACUACGAUCCUUUCCCUGAAUUUGUUCCGACGUAAUAUUUGAUUGGUCCUUAAUAAUCUUUAAGAAUAAGCAUGUUAUGUUAUAAAGUAUAUGUUCAGUAGUCCCACUUUCCAUCACGUAUUUAUUAUAAUCAAGCGAUUGUUGUCUUUGAUUUGAAAUGCUUUGGAUAUGAUUCAUUUUAAAAAUUCACAUGGCAGGUGCACAUUUGAACCUUAAAUCUUCAAAUCUUCGGCGCUUAAUUCAAUUUGACACUGUUCGUUUCGCGUCUUUUGAUUUUGCGAUGUAAUGGUUAGAAGAGGGUAAACCUUUUCACAAACGCACAUAUGAAUCUGCUGGGGGGGGGAUUGCUUAAGUCAUGACAACAGCUGGAUUGGUGUUUAACUUGGCACUGAUAAAAUAUUUGAAACUUCUUUCUGAAUUGCACGACGAUGAUCUGCGUAUAUUAAACUAAAUGAUACUAUGUCUCUAAAACGCUUUCAUAUGAAAGACGAUGUUAAGUUGAUAGUCGUUUGGUUUCAUUUCGAAGUGCCUCGGAAGAUUACAAUUCUGGUACCGGUUUGUACACUACCUUUAAGUAUUUAAAUAGUAAUUAGUAAUGGCUAAUUUGAAAUUUAUUAUCUUUCUUGGUAUUCAACUUUAAUUGCGAAGCUAUGAGGUUAAAUUGUGUUUACAAUUAAAUGUUUUGUCUAAAUAAUUGUUGACCAUGUAUUAUGUAUGGAGCUCCUUAAAGUCGGUUAAUCCCCCCCCCCCCCCCCCACAAAGCAUUUUGUUGAUCUUUUGAAGAAGUUGAUGCCAGUUUUAUUAAUGUGUGCGUUGUUUCCCUUUGUGUCUUGUCUAAUUUGUUUUGCAUCUCGACGUAUGGAAUUGUUUACUCGUGUUACAUAAAGAACCUCGUGUGGUAAUAAGGUUUCUCUAGUGAAGGUGCAGUUAUAGUUUUACUUAGUGUAUAAACGUUUAUAUUCCCUCUGUGCAUGUGUUAUUUUUGUUUUAUAAUUUCAGCAUUAGAUAACUUUAAAGUGAACAUACCAUAUCUAUAUAUGUGUUUGUUUGUUUUGAAAAUCAACAUUCAAAGGCACAUGUACAUAAAUCAAGCGCCAACAUUAUUUUUGCAAAUGUAUCCUUUCAUUACAUUAUCUGCAGCUGAAACGUAUUGUUGUACAUUUGUAUUGUUUCUAGGUGAGCAUAGCGCGCCAUCGUUAACAUGGUACCAUGGUAAUCUGCAUUAAGCAUAAAUUAGCUUAACUGCACAUUUGUAUUUUGUGUUAUGUUCGUGUUCAGAAUACUUUUGUUCAUGUUGCAAUAAGUUCAAUUAUGCCGAAAGGGUCGUCUAAUGUGGUUUUAUUGUUUAUAUCUAUUUUAUUCACUUUCUGUAUAAAGUACACACUCAGUUGUAAUGAAAUACCAAUUUUAUGCACGCAUAAAAAGAAAAAUAGUCUCAACUUUUGCCAACCAGGGUAAAAGUGAAAGUGUUAUUAACAAGUUGGAUUAAUUAAGAUGUGUCUGGUUACACAAUUUAAAAUAAAUAUCCCAUAAAAAAGUUUUUUUUAGUACUUUCUUCAUCAUGGAGAUUUUUAGUUGUUCGCGUUAGCAGACAACUAAUUUUAAGAUGGAGUUUUGCAAGUCAGUCUGCUCUUGACUACGCUAAGAACGAUAACCACUGCAUCUGCUGCAUCCGCGCAAUGUUGUCUUCUCACAGAAAUCCAAUACUAGCAGACAACUAAUUUUAAGAGGG